AUGAUAACAUCGUAUAAGAAAAAAAGGUUUUCGCUAUUCAGUUCUCAUCCAAAUUCUCCAGUUCAAACACCAAUUCUCGGAUCGCCACUCAAUAAUUAUUUUCCGGCGCAACCAAUUCGAGAUGAUAAAAUACCGAAUCCGAAUGAUGUUCAAAAAGCAGUCGAAAAUCUUGGACAUUUGGUUUCGAUUGCCGGAAACUUUUGUGAUUUGGUUGAUAAACUUGCAAAAGCCUCAAAAGCUCUUAGUAAGUCUCUUAAAGAAUACGGAAAUAGUAAAGGGAUGGAUAGUUCUCAUGAAGAAAAAGCAUAUGAGAAUGCUAAUGAGCUAUAUAAGCAAAUAAAAAAAAUUGAUACUGAUGAAAAGAAAUCAAAGAAAGAUAAAGCAAUUUCUGAUGCACUAGAAAAAUAUACCACAUAUAAAAAUCAUGUUACAAAACGAGAAAAGAACGCUCAUGGCAUAGUCAUGCAGAUAAUUUGUCGGAUAACGGAUUGCCAAUUCACCUUGUUUACUGAAUCAUUAAACAAAUGUAGAGGAAUUAUUACAAAAAUAAAUGAAUGGUCAGCAUUUGCUACAAUGGGGAUCCCCGCACCUCAAGAAAUUGAUAAUAUUUUGGAUGAGAUUCGAUCACCAACUGAAGAUACUUCCAUACUUUCACGCAAGUUAUCGAGAAGAUAUUCGCAUCGUAUAUCAAAAUCCAUUGCGUCUAUAUCAGAUAUGCAAUUAGCCGCAAUGAAUUAUAAGCCUUCAAAUGCUUCGUCUCCUUUAAUUGAAGAGCCAGAAAAUAAAUUUUCUCAAUCUUUAAAUUUUUUACGAUCAACAGAAGUACAAUUCCCACGCAGUAACGCUACAAAAUCAGAAUGUUCAUCUAUUAUAAGUACUCAACAUCAUGAACCAAUGAAAAGAAAUAUUGUGAAAAAUGAAAAAACAUCGAGAAACCGUUUGUCUCUUCCAAUUUGUUCUACAUUUUCUUCAAAUGUUACACCUCCAGCUCAAGAUUUAAUAUCAAAAAUUUCCAUUGGUAUAGAUGAAAAUGAUGCGCCAUUUUUUAGAGAUGAUGACUAUGAUAUAUUUAAUAUUAAGCAAAAUGCAAAAAGAUUUUCGGUAACAGAAAGUGAAGUUAAAGGACCGGAUGAUCAAGUAAAUGAGAUGUCUUCUAUAGAUAAUCAUACAAAUUUAAACAUUGAUACAGAAAUUGAUCUUAAAAUUGUUUCCGGUGUUCAAAGUAACGAUGCAUCUGACAAUGAAGAAAAUGAAAACUUGAGUAAUAAAGAACUUAACAGAAAAUCUAGUUUUGAAACACAGUAUUUAGUUCGUUCAUUUCCAAUUAAUCUUCCAGUUCGAACACCACCUUAUUCGCCCUCAGUAUCUCCAAGACAAUCAUCAAACUCUAAUUGCCUUAUUCCUAACUUUGAGCAGAAACAUAUUACAAAAUCAAAUGAUGAAUUGGGUCCAAAAAAAGGGUUACAUAUAUUGCAUUCUUCUGACGGAAACAUUAAUCAUAAUCGUGGCCCAUCAGUUGCUGAAAUAAAAGAGAAAUUACUGCAAGGUCAUGUUAAUAACCUACUUUCAAAAUUUGAUGCUGGAAGAACUUCUAAACAAGAAAAUAUCGUCAAUACUUCUACACAUGUUUAUGAGCCCACUGAAGAAACAGUAUGUUAUAUUUUUUUUGAUGUUUUUUAUUUUGAUAAUUACUUUUUCAAUUAUUAA